GAAUAAUAAAAAUGUACCUAGCAAAAAUUAGUAAAAUUUGGUUUCAUUUAUUAUUCGUAGGUGUAGGAUGCUCAUUUCGCAACACACUAAAAGUUAAUGCAAAUACAUACUUAAUUAUUAUGCCAACGUAAACAGUUUUCCCUUCAACAAGACCUAGUCAUAUGAACAAACUUAUCGCUUUUCGCGCAUAUGAAUUCGUAAUUAUUAAUGUUAAAGUCCAGUUUAUGUUGUCCAUAAACAAACGGGUCAAUUGAAAAUGGGGAAAAUUUGUAGUUUGUUUCAAUUUUAGUAAGUAUUGGUAUGGUUAUAUUUGAACUAGAUAACGCUAUAUGCCGCGAUAAGAUAAGCGACCAUAAAGUAAUGAAUAAUUUUUGUAAACAUUACUCGCCAUGGCAAAAGACAGGUUAAGUGACUUAGUAAAGGCACGCAAUAAUAAAAAUGGACAUUUGCAAGUGGAAAUUCAGGAAGAAGCUGAACCUUUAACAGGAGGUGCUAACCUAAGGGAAACAUUUGAGAGGGCAGAUAUUCUAAGAGAUUGGAUAGAAACCAUUGAACAAAAUACAGAAGCACUCAAACAGUACAUUAAAAAGGUAGAUGACAUAAACACUAAUCAGAGAGAUUUAAAUGAAAAAAUUCAAUCUAUUUUCCAAAAUAAUACCAGCAUAUGUCAUAGGGUACAAGCAAAACUCAAGGAGUUUGAAGAGGAGGUUAAUAAUAUAGACAAUUCAACAGCCGAAGGACGAAUAAAAACUAUACAACUCAAUACAUUGAAAACUAGAUAUCAAAAAGCGUUUAAACAAAACAAUGGUGAACUGGAAAAUUUUCGAAAUAUUAAAAAGCUGGAGUUGGAUGCUCAACUCAGAGCGAAAGGUGUUAGAGUUACAGAUGAAGAACUUACACAGUUGCUUGAAGAAGGAACCGACAUUAGUGUAUUUACUGGAAAUAUAUUGGCUGAAACGGCAGAGGCCAAGAGAAUCCUUCAAGACUUAGAGGACAGGCAUAACCAACUUUUAAAAAUAGAAAGAAUGCUAGAAGAAAUUCGAGACUUGUUCCUUCAGAUGGCAAUUUUGAUAGACAAUCAGGCAGAGCUAAUAGAUAGAGUUGAAUAUCAAGCUUCAAUGGCUCAAGAAUUUGUUGGACAAGGAACUAAUGAUUUACAGCAAGGAGCACAAAACCGUAAAAAGUUUUUGAAGAAAAAAAUCAUCCUUAUUGUGGUAGUAGUCAUUCUGAUUGUUCUAAUUAUUGCCCUAAUUUUAAAAUAAAUAUAAUUUACCUAGCAUCCCAGUGAAGUGUGGACAUAUUAUCUAGACUUAGAUUCCUUAAUACUACUGUGUAUUUGUUUACCUCAAGAAUAUAUUAUGUACUUCGAUAUGUACUAUUUAUAAAGAUUACAUUCUGAUUAAUUUUAUAAAAUAAUUUCAAUGCAAAUAUAAUUAGGGAAUGAGUUUUAUUAAAUAAAUAAUUUCACAUUACACUACAUGAACACAAAAACUAAAAUGUACCUAAUCCUACUCAGGAAAUUGAACUGUGAAAAAAUAAAAACAGACAAAUUCAUUGCACUGCCUCUCUCAUGUUUCAAAUAAAUAGGAAACUUAACAAAAUAAAAUAAUAUGUGCUUGAAAAAUCCUAGGUAUUCAAGUCAAAACAUUCUUAAACAAAAAUAUUCAAAACAUUCAAGAAAAAAAAGUAUAAAUUCCAAGAAAAAUUCAUUGAAAAACACACCCAUUUAUUUGAUUAAUGUCAGCAUCCAUUUUGGAUUUAGCUCCUAAAUAAGCCAAAAGGGAAGCUAAGACCAUUUAUAUGGCUCUUGUCGUUUAUAUAGAUGAAUUUUCCAUAUGGAAAAUAUUUUGAAUAAAUUCGUCACAGUGUCUAGAAGAUGCACUUUGUGAAUUGCUGAAUACAAUUCGCCCAUACAGGUGAUUUUCUGUUUGCGCUUUGUGAAUUAUUGUUCUUCUAAAAGAUGACACCACUUGCUAAAUGGGAGCUCCAUUUUUUCUUUAUUGUCUUAUAAAGCACAACUUCACGUAUAGCAUUUUCUAGCUGUGUCUAGAUGCGAUUGUAUGAGGUAAAUGUAAUGGAUCGUAGACUUAACGAUGUACUGUGAAUUUUCCAUAUAGAAAAUAAUCCGAUUAUAUUAUUAAAAUUUAAACAAAAGCAUAAACAACUUCUAAAACUGAAUAAAAAAAAUACAAAAUAUUGCCCAAAGGGCCAUUAGUUUGAUAGACAAACCCACGAAUAACUUUGUAUGCCAUACCUACUGAAUUUAAAAAUAAGAAGCAUUUUCUUUUUCCUGCAAAUGAGUAUAAAAACUUAAAAAAAACCAGUUGUGUUUCUCUGUCAAACUAAAGCAACACCCUGGCAAAUUGUAAAAAAAUAUAAAUGAAGAGUUUCAUAAACGUUUCAAGGUUCGUUUUUUGUCUUUGAGUAUUUUUUUCUUUUCUGCUGUAAGUUUAACUUUGUCUCCUGCAUGUUUUUUUGCAAGAGGUCCAUCACCUGGUACUUCUUUACUUUUGAGCAACUAGAUGAAAAAAAAUUAGAAAAUAUAU